AUGGUGGCGUGGCCUGUGAUCAAGCUUGGAACGCUUGCACUGAGAACAUUUUGCGAACCAAUUGCCAAUUACCUCAAAAAAGAGGCUGUCUAUCAUCCAAAAAUCCGUCAGUAUAUUAUCAACUUUGCGCAGGUACUUGUUCUGUUUUUUAAUCGCUGUCUUAGAUUUGAAUCGCCAGUCAUAGGCUUGCAUGAAAGGAGAGUCCAAAGACGCAUAUAUGAUUAUGCUGCUGCUGAUUAUGUACCAAUACAGCCUUUGGAUGAGGACAAGGCUAUCGGAGCCGGUGUAGAUCUUCUAAGGGAGUUCUUCGUAUUCACGGUUGUAGGAUCUACAGUCAUCUUCAAGGUAUCCGAAGCAAGAAAGGAAGAAGAACGACGUAGACAAGAGGAUGAACUACUUGAAGAGGAAAUUGAACUGCGUAGACAGGAAAUUGAACUACUUAGACAGGAAAAUGAACUACUUCGACAGGAGAAUGAACUACUUAGACGUGUGCUGCGGCGUAGACAAGAGACUGAACUACAUAGACAGGAGUUACAAUUUAUCUUUUAG